AUGAAGAAGAAGUUGGACUCAUCGAAGACAUUCGACAACAAACCUUCUGUAUCCCUUCUUAGUGCCUCGAGCGCAUCCGCCACCGACCCCAGCUCAAGGAGACUGUCCGGCGACCAACGUGUACCUCCGCUCUCCGUACCCACGAAUCUCCCCUUCUACCUGAAGACGUCAAAUCUUCUAGACUCGCCGGACCGGUACACCCAGACGCCACACUCCACAUUACCCCCGUCUCCGGGGAGUCUUCAUCUCGGCCAUGAUUAUCGGUCACCGCGUUCAGUUUCUGACCUCGAGCGGUCACCGCCCAUGCGAUCGAGGAGGAAUAACAGCGACGAUACAUCUUCGCACGGGUAUGAGGUGGAGGACAUGGAAAUUGAGGAGACAAAUUCGAUGAAGAGGUUGCGCAUCGAGGAUCCUAUGCGACCUCAUUAUGACGGCGCUGGGACGAAACGAUGCGCCUCGGCCGAUCCUGAUGACAGUGUCCCCCUCGGCUUCACGACUCAAGGUGACUUAUUGCGCCGCCGUGAUGGCAACCAGAGGGGUUCGCCGAAACCUCGGCUGAGCGUGAUUCCUCAGGGCUCUGUUUCCUCCAUCUCGUCGGGAGGGCGUACAGGAUCGUACAGUUCCAACUUGUCCCUGCUCACUGGCAACAUCGCCAGCAUGAGCUCUUCUUACGGCCGAGUCUCCCCUGGCGGCUUGUCGCCGGGAGACAUCUCACCCAGCGGCAUGGAUCCCAGUUGUAGCUCUCCGUGCAGCGCAACAAUGUCGCUGAAUCCUUCGCCGCGUGGCUCUCUCUCUCGCGCACCUCAUCAGCGGAAAAAAAGCGAAAGCCGGCCUCUUGCUUCUCCCCGCAAGCUCACUGAGGUGAGCAAGUCAGGCGGCACCAAGAUCUCUGGUUUCUUCAUGUGUGAGUGCUGCUCCAAGAAGCCCAAAAAGUUUGAAACCGCAGAGGAGUUAGGGUUUCACGAACAAGAAAAGCAAUACGAAUGUUCUUUUUGCGGAAAUCGGUUCAAGAACAAGAACGAGGCGGAGCGCCACCAGAACAGUCUCCACGUCCGCAGACACAGCUGGAGCUGCUCGGCGCUUAGCCAUCAUGACCGAGCCUUUCACGACAGCACCAACCGGCCUGGCGAGGCAGACACUUGUGGCUAUUGCGGCGAGGAGUUCACUCGGAACGGCCGCGGCUCUGGUGCCUCAACCACUCGUCACGCCACCGAUCAGGAUUGGGAGGAGCGCAUCCGCCAUCUUCAGGAGGUGCACAAGUUCCGGGAGUGCAACAGCAGCAAGAAGUUCUUCCGUGCAGACCAUUUCCGGCAGCAUCUCAAGCACAGCCACGCCGGGACAAGUGGCAAAUGGACGAACAUGCUGGAAAAUGCCUGCAUGUUAAACGAAGACCCGACCCCAAGAUGA